AUGGACGUGUGGAGCGCGCCGCCCGCGCUGAGCGCCGCGCCGCCCGCCCACUUCGCGCUCGCCUUCCUCCCCGGCGCCGGCUCGCCCGCGCAUCCCCAGCACCACACACAAGAGCAAGCGGCGGAGGGCGGCGGGGCGGGCGGCGGCGCGUGCAGCGCGAAGGCGGCGGCACCCUGCAAGGUGUGCGGCGACAAGGCUUCCGGGUACCACUACGGCGUCACCUCCUGCGAGGGUUGCAAGGGCUUCUUCCGGCGCAGCAUCCAGAAGCAGAUCGAGUACCGUUGCCUGCGGGACGGCAAGUGCCACGUGAUCCGACUCAACCGCAACCGUUGCCAGUUCUGCCGUUUCAAAAAGUGCCUGGCUGUCGGUAUGAGCCGAGACUCUGUACGGUACGGGCGCGUUCCGAAGCGGCCGCGAGACAGCGAGGCGCUACCGGAGCUGUCACGUGGGGCGGGCGAUGGUGCCGGCGGAGGCGGGGCCGGGGCAGGGGUAGGGGGUGCGGUCGCACCGCCGCCGGAGCGCGCCGACGACGCAGCCGAGCUGACACUAGAGCUUUCGCGCCUCGUGGUGGCCGCGCAUCGCAACAACAACUCCUACACCGACGAACUGCGCCGCUCGCUUCAGCUCCACACCGUCAUCAUGCUCGACGACUCCGACAACGAAGCUCGGAGCGGCGGCUCGGAGGGAGCGGGGCGCGGGGAGGCGGCGGCGCUGCUGUGGCACCACCUGGCCGUGCGCAUGACGCCCGCCGUGUACGAGGUCGUGGCCUUCGCCAAGCGCCUGCCCGGCUUCCACACGCUGCCGCAAGACGACCAGCUUAUACUCAUUAAGCUAGGAUUCUUCGAAGUUUGGCUGACAAGGAUAACGAGACUGUCCACGCCGUCCAGCAUUGUCUUCGACGACGGCACUGCCUUCACACACAGCCAGCUAGAGAUGAUUUAUGAUGCGCAGUUCGCGACGGCGAUGCUGUCGUACGUGCAGGCGGUGGGGCGGCUGCAAGCGAGCGAGGAGGAGUUGGCGCUGUUCACGGCGGGCCUGCUGCUGAGCCCGCACCGCGCCGCGCUCAGCGAGCGCGAUCGCAUCGCCGCCAUGCACCGCGCACUUGCCGACGCCUUCAACCACGUGACGUGCGAGGGCGGUGCGGGUGGUGGGCGCGGGGAGCGCGCGGAGGCGUGGGGCGCGGCGGGGCGCAGUGCGCGGGCGCUGGGCGUGCGGCACGCGGAGCUGCUGGCGUGGCCGCGCGCGCACUGGCCGCGCCUCGCGCUGCCUGCGCUUUUUGCCGAGCUCUUCGACAUACCCAAGCCUGACGAGGACGUCGACGCCGCGCCGCACUCACCUGCCAACUAG